AGAGCCGGGCCGGGCGGCGGCGGAGCGCAGGGAGCGCCGCGGGAGCCAUGGGCCAGGAGGCGCCGUGGCUCAACCACUCGGGCAGCCCGCGGGCAGGGGGCGAUGCCUGCGCGGGGGACGGGCAGCGCCCCGGGCCCUUCUCCGCCGCUGCCGCUGCGCUGCUGGCGGCGCUCAUGGGGCUGCUGGUGCUGGCCACGGUGCUGGGCAAUGCCCUGGUCAUCCUGGCCUUCGUGGUGGACCGGAGUCUCCGCAGCCACGGCAACUUCUUCUUCCUCAACCUGGCCAUCGCCGACCUGCUGGUGGGCGGCUUCUGCAUCCCACUCUACAUCCCCUACGUGCUGACAGGCGAGUGGAGGCUCGGCCGGGGCUUGUGCAAGCUGUGGCUGGUGGUGGACUACCUGGUGUGCACUGCCUCGGUCUUCAACAUCGUCCUUAUCAGCUUCGACAGGUUCAUCUCCGUCACCAAGGCGGUGAGUUACAGGGCACAGAAAGGGAUGACCAGAAACGCAAUAUUGAAGAUGAUCAUUGUAUGGAUUGCUGCUUUUCUUCUCUACGGUCCAGCCAUUCUCAGCUGGGAGUACAUUGCCCAAAAGAGCAUCCUCCCUGAAGGAGAAUGUCAUGCAGAAUUCUUCUACAACUGGUAUUUCCUAAUGAUUGCCUCUACCAUUGAAUUCUUUACACCCUUCAUCACCGUUACAUACUUUAACUUAAGUAUUUACCUCAACAUUAGGAAACGCACAUCCCACAGAAAUGAAAACAUAUCACCUGGUCAAGAGGACUGUGAAAUGAGUUUCCAAGGGAAAAAAAGGGAGCACACCAUAUUUUUUGUAAAACCUUCUAACAGACACAAACACGAGAAGAGAGCAAGCAGCCUUUCUCCCCCCAUAAAGGCUCCACGGCUCAGACUACAUAAGUUUGACAAUCAGUCGUUAAAUCUGAAUGUCAAUCAAGACCUUCCACCACUUCAGGUGGAUGUUGAGACCAAGCCUCGUAAGAACAAUUUCUAUAAAACUGCAGAAAACAUAUGCAACAUCACCACCAGAGUGGACAUUGCUAACACUAUGGCAAAUAGAUUUAGACUUUCCCGGGAUAAAAGAGUAGCAAAGUCUUUAGCAAUUAUUGUCUGUGUGUUUGGUUUGUGCUGGGCACCAUAUACGCUUUUGAUGAUCAUCAGAGCAGCUUGUCAUGGGCACUGUGUGCUACAUUCACUCUAUGAGAUUUCAUUUUGGCUUUUGUGGGUGAAUUCAGCCAUUAACCCUAUUCUAUACCCUCUGUGCCACAUGAGCUUUAGGAAAGCCUUUAUAAAACUCCUGUGCCCAGGAAAAGCCAAAAUCCAUCCUCAUAUUUUUAUGUGAAAAGAAAGGAAUUUGACAGUAAGUACAUCUUGCUUUCAGUGUGAACAUAAACUGGCUAAUACUCACCUGCAAAUAUUAAGUACACUGGGUGUUUAAAGGAAUACUGCUAAGUAGAUACAAGCAUAGAUAUUUAGGAAUGUAUAGAAAUAGUCAUUCAUGUAGGUGGAGAAAUAAAUAAGCAAUGAAAUCAAAGGCAAUUUCUCAAAACUCUUUGGGAAUUAUGCCAACAGUGUAACUUCUGGUGAUAGUGCACUAGCAUUAGAGUGCCAAAAAGGGAAUACAAAAUUCAUAGCCCAUAACUGGGGGGGAUCUCACUUUUAAUAUAUUUCAAAGUAUUACUAGUAAGGAAUUUCAUUAAGUGUUAAUUUGGGCCUGUUAUAUUUUAUCCCCAGCCCCACCCUUUAAGGACCUCAGGGUGUCUUAGCUGUUAAGUGUACCAUGAAUUUUGGGGAGGAUAUUUCCCCAAUCCCUACAGUACUGCCCCCCAAAGUAGGGGAACAGGUAAGAUUGUGACAAAUGAAACAACUAAAGAGUAGUGUUUAAGAAUAGCAUGGGACAAGAGGUGCCAGAACAGCCAGAUUACUAGAGAAGCUGAGCAAGUAUAGCAGUAAGGGAGCAUUGAUUUGGGUGGAAAAGGUGAUUUGCUUCCACCAACAUAUGCAUCUUCUACACAGUUUUACAGACAUUUUCCUUUGCUGACAAGUCAUAGCUAUUGAACAGCCACCGCUGUCCAUUGCCACAGCCAAAAUGCAUGUUAGUACAGUUGACCUUAAAGUUCAUGGACAGAAUUGUGAAGUAUACUUUGUCAAAACUCCAAUAAAAGUAAUUCAGAACUGUGGAAGUCAUAACUUUGUAGCCUUAUCAAAUGGCACAUGGAAAAAAGCGCCAGUCUAUACCAUUUGGGUAACUGCAGCUGAAACCACAAAACUGUUAUUCAAAGGUAAUUCCUGAGUUACAAGUACUGACCUUGAGAAUGAAACAAACAUGGUUCACAAAUAUUGUAAGCUAAGAGUGCGUAUUCUGACUAUAUGAAUGUAUCUACAUGAACAUUAUAAUUGUGUUCUGCUAUGGAUGUUUUCUAACAUAAAAUCUGCUUUAACCUGUUCUUUUAAAUGAGUGAUGGUAUCAACAGAAACAGAUCAACAUAAAGAUUUUUGAAUAGCAUUAGUUACACCACUAGCCAAGUGAGGUCAUAAAAUUCUCCCCAUUCUUCCUCCUCCUCCUCCAAACCAGUAGAGCAAUGACCUAAAUGUUGUCUAUUCCAUAAUCCUUAGGUUUCCUAGGAUCAUAUUUGCCCAUCAAAAACACAUGGUGAUAAAGUUAUUAGACAACCCACCGAGGUCUCACUUCCUUAUCCAAUCAAGCCUGGACAAUUUUAAUAGCAGUAACCAAGUCAGGGAGUGAGGAAGUCAGUCAGGUAGCUUUAGAACACUGCGUUCAGUUAAAGUAAAGCAAAGACAUUUCAACCUAGUUUUUAACAACUGGCAUUAAUUAACAGACUAGAUCAAUCUCCACGAGAGUUACCACUGGGAACGGUUCUACCACUCAAAUUUCUACAGCUUUGUCAUUUAAUUGCCACCUGUCUGUUUAGUACAGACCUACAACCUACAGGGAUUCUGCACCACUC